AUGUCGGCCCACCUGGACGGCUCGUACAACUCGAGUCGCGACUCGGCCAACAGCCAGAAUUCGGUAAGCUUCGAGAUUUUCGCCAUUUUCGAUAAAAUGAAUGAGAAAAGUUCAGAAAGAUCUAGAAAAAGAGUGAAGUCCAAAUGGCCUCAAAAAAAAGAAUCUAGAGUCCCUUUUUGAGUUUUUGAAAGUUGUUCAAAGUUUCUCGGAUUCUCCAUGUUUCACCUUUCUCCGUUUUCUUCAUUUUUUUUUUGCUUAAAAAGGUCAAGAAAAAGGCAGCUGGUCUUUUAAAAGCCUUUUUUCCCAAGGUUUUUUUCAGGUCCUUCUGGACUUUUCCCGUCGAAGAAACGUUUCAGAAAAAAGAUCUUGAUAAGGGCUUCCUAGCUUCUUUUUUUUUGCCACCAACUCAUUUCGAAAAGUUCCUUAGGUGUUGCUCUUUUUGGAAGAUGUUUCAGCAUUUUCUUUUAAGGCCUUCUGGACUUUGCACUGGUUGUAUAAGUUCAGAAAUUGGGAAAUUUAAAUUUUUUUUUGUGAAUCUCAAAUGUUUUUUUUUUGAUUCUUUAGAGGCCAAAACUGAAAUGGCUUGUUAACUUUUUUUCAAGAUUAGGUAAUUAUCUUAUGAACCACCUCUCGAAAAGAUCAGAAAUCGAGAAAAUAAAAACUUUUUUUCUGUGAAAUGAAAAAAAUGACUCUUUUCAGUGAAAUCAAAAAAACGCAGAAAAAUUUGACCCCAGCAAAAAAAUUUUUUUGAAAGCUUUUUCUAGAAUUCGGAAUUUUCCCGACAGAUUUGGAUGUUUUGCUCACCUUUUUUUGAAAGAACGGUAUCUAGCUGUGAAAACUUUUUUUUAUCUUAGUAAAUCACUGAAAAUAACCCAGAAAGAGUGAAUUUAGAAAGUAAAUCAGAGAAAUCAUGAAAAAAAUCCUGUGGCCAAAUUUUUCACAAUUUUUUUCUAACUGUCCAGAAUCUCAUGCAGGAAAAAAAGGCUAUUUCUGUUACUUCAUUUUUUUCAUAUUCCUGCUUUUCAGACGUCCCGACAAAGUCAUUUCAACAGUUUCAACGCUGCCCCACUACCGUCCCUAUUACAGGUGUUCCAAAAAAUACGAACGUUUUCUAAACUUCACUUCAGGUAAAAUCAAAGUUUGACGCCGAAUGGCGAAGGUUUUCGAUACCAACCCAGACCGGCGCACCGAAUUAUGACGCUUUUCGGAGGUUUCGAGUCAGAAAAUAUUUUUGAAAGGAUUUUUUUUCAGAUUAGUCGAAAAGCUACACCAUUUGAGCGGAGUACAGUUUACGCUGUGUUACAAUGCGAAUUCCGGCGAUUUGCUCCCCAUCACCAAUGACGAGGUUCACAAAACUGUUUAAGGAAAAGUAGAAAAAGAAAAUUUUCGAAUUAAAAAAAUGAUACUAUUGUGUUGGCUUACAAGAAAACCAGAUUUCAGAUUCCAUUGAAAACUUUAAAAUCGUGGACCUUAUAAAAAAACGUUAAGUUGGACUCUAAAGUGGCCACUAAACCCACCUCUGUAGGGGCCACUAUUUUCCGUUUAAGUGGUUACUUCAGUAGUUUUUCAUCCUGUAUUCCUUCCAGUAACUCUGAUAAUUUUAAAUCAAACAGAUUGGACCAGUUAUGUUGAUCCCAUUGACCCCUAAAGUGGCCACUAAAGUUUUUAGUGGUCUAGUAGUAGCACUUCGACUUUUAAGGUGGCCACUAAUUUUUAACCCCUCAAGUGAACACUAAUUUGACUACUAUAGUGGCCACUAAAACAUCAAAACCCUAUAGUGGCCACUAAAAAAUUUCCCAGUAGAUGAAUUGAUGUGAUGAGAAUAAUUUUUGGGAACGCCAAGUGGUCCCUAGAGGGGCAACCUUAGGGGCCUUUGAAAGGUCUUUUCUAGGAACCACCUUACCUCCCUCUGUAAGGGGCAAUAAAAUGUUUGAAAUUGGUAACUUUAGGCGUUUUAUUUAGUGGCCAGAAGAAGCAUUUUCAUGCGAAAAAAAAAUCAACAAAUUAGCGAUUACCAGAUGAAAAUAUCGACAGAGAUCAGUUUGUAUUAAAUACGUUUUUCAAAUUUUUGAAUCGGAACAAAAAAAAAAUCAAAAGACCACUAUAGGGACCACUUGAGCUCAUUUCUCCCAUUAUAAGACUGUUUUUCCCCUCUUGGGGCCACUUUGGCAUUUCUAAAAAGCCUUUGAUUGGAAUGUUCAUCGAAUUUGAAAUACAAAAGCUCAAUUUUCUCGAAAUUUUUCUAUAUUUAGAGAGAAAAAAUAAAGAAAAAUUUUAAGAAAGUUCUGAGGAUAAUUCGAAACGAUCGUGGUUUUCUAAUUUUGAAAGAAAAAUAAUGAGUUUUAGAAGAUUUUUCUGUACUCAAACGUCAAAUUUAUUCUUCUAGGGUUUCCUUAUUUCGACUUUCCUUUUUAAACGUUUCAAAAAAAGUAUUAAUUUUAGAGGAACAUUGCUGUUUCAGAAUGUGGUUUUGUAAAUGAAAAAAAAGAUUUGUAUGUUGGACGAUGUUCACAGAUAUGAAGAAGCUGAAUAAAAAUUGUUCAGAACCUUCGAAAAUCCUUCGAUUCGGCGCGGCCGCUACUCCGACUAUUGAUCCAAAGAAAAGGCGAAUCUUGGGAGGAAAAAUACGGUUAUGGAACCGACAGUGAACGGUUUUCAUUAUCUUUUCGGAGUUAUUGAAGAGAUUUUUGGAUUUUCAGAAAAAGGAAAGGCCUAUCGUCUUUGAUAACGACGCAGAAAACCCCGAAAAGGAAUUAUUCCAUUUCGAAUCCCGAAGAUUUCCGACAGGUUCAUUUUAGUUUUGAAGCUCAAAGUGGUUUCGGUGAUUCCAAUAUUUACGCGUUAUUUUUUUGGAAUGAUUUUGCGAAAAAUGAAUUUUGGAAGCCUUACAACGAUAUUCAUAUCAUGACUUUUACGCGCAAAUUUGAAAUUAUUGAAAAAAUGUCCACUUUUUAAAUAUGGAGUUUCGUGCGUGAAAGUCGUCAUCUCGUUGUUGGAUCCGAUUUUUUAAACGACUCCCAAAUUCGCGAAUUUUCAGAGUUUUUAGAGUUAAUCAACUGAAAAUUGCUCUAUUUUUUUUUUGAACUUGUUUAUUUUAUCGAUUCUCCUAUUACCGAUUCUUCAACAAUUCUGUGAUUUUUCAUUUUCGGCCCCAAUAAGCCAUUUUUUUAUUGUUAAGUUCUGAUCAAUUCACUUUUCACUAGGGAUCUUUAGACUAUUUUAAAGGAAAUCUAUUUUUUUGAAGUAAUGCCUAGAAAUUCAAAAAUAACCCUAACAAGGGAGGUCAUUUUUCUUCGCCAUUUGAACUUUCCUAAAAAUUUGCUCAAACACUCUGAAAGUCCAGUAGCCUCUUCCUGCGCAAACUUUUUAUUUUUUUGAGAUAUGAUUUUUUUCAAAGUUGCGAAAAAAAUGGGUAUUAAGACUAACUUUUUGACCUUCAAAUUCAAUUAUCUUAAAAAAAUAUAAGUUGCAACUCUGAGGGAUCUUAAUAUAAACUUUCAGAGAUAAUUUGAGAAAAAUUUGUAGAAAAUUUCAAACCGCCGAGUAUAAUGACUUACCGUGUGAGAGAGUAAAAAAAUAUAACUGAAUUUUGGAGAGUUAGAGAUAAUUUGCAAGUUCGCGGAAACAUAAGAGCUGUAUGUAAAACGAUUAAAAAAACGUUUCAUUGAUUUUUUUAUGGACUUUUUUUAAAUUUUUUUCUUCAAGGUCUCGGCGAUUAUUGACGUUGAUAUCGUGCCAGAAGCACAUCGAAGGGUCCGAUUAUGCAAACACGGCUCCGACCGACCCUUGGGCUUCUACAUCCGGUCCGUUUUCAAAAAAUAUGUACAGUAAAAAUUUAAAAAAAGUUAAAGUCAGAAAAUUAAGUUUUUAGAUAGAGUUGUAGUCCGUUUUUCGCGACUUGAAAGGGCGGGUCUCCUCAGACUUCUCUGCGCCCCCCCCCCUUGUUUCUCGGUGACCCUCUCAUGUUUUCGUGCUAUUUCCAUGUUUCUCUGACCUCAUCGGUGAGGGAACAGAGAGACGCAGACACGCGAAAACUGUCAAGUCGCGAUGGAUAGACUAUAACUACAUAUAUCUGCUUGAAAUCUCACAAAAGAGGCUGUCAGACUAAUUGUGUUUUUGGAUUUAAACGACCUCAAAAAGUUGUGAAAGAACAGGAAAUUCAUUUAACAUGGUAUGGUCGUAUCAGUAUUUCAAUAUUUUUUUUAUAAUAAUACUGUUUUUAAAAAGAUUGGAAAAGGAGAUCUUGUAGAGACGGCACAUCAGUCCGAGUAACGGAACGAGGAGUCGUCAAGGUCCAGGGAAUCUUCAUUUCGCGGCUUGUCGACGGCGGAUUGGCCGAAUCGACGGGUCUUUUGGGCGUCAAUGAUGAGGUUUCCGCGGAAAUAAAUUAAUCUUCUUCUUUUUCUUCUUCCUACGUCUCUACUGCUUGAGCGGCGUCGGCGCCCCAAGUCGAUUAGCCGAGAUCCUAUCCUGAUAUCAGUGGACUGGCUCCAGUGACAUAUCCGUCCUUGUGUGUGACGGCUGGGGUCGUGGUUUCCCACUACCAACAUUUCUUAAACCCCUUGGUUGGGUCGAGGCGGGGAUCGAACUUGUGACCCUGUGGACCGUAGACAGGCACACAACCUGUUGCGCUACGGCGCGCCUCGCGGAAAUGAAUUAAUAUAAAUCAAAAAGCUCAUAUAAUAAAAAAAUGAUGUUGAAAAACUAUGUUAAUGAAAACGAAUCAGCGUUUAUUGAAUGAGAAAAAUAUCAAAAAGGACAUCCAAUAAAUAAAAAAACAAUGUAGACUCUAGAACCCCCUCUUCAAUUUUUUGAAUAAUUUUUUUCUCCCGUUAUUUACAGUACCGUCAGAGAAAAAAAAUUUUUUUUCACUUAUAGCUUCCUCGUAAGGAGCUCAGUCUUUUUGGAAUUCUAUAAGCUGCGUUUUUUUUUCUGCGAACGGAAGUUCCACCAGAGACAGUUGUUACAACUUCAGAACGUUUCAGAAAGAUUAGACUCCAUAAAAGGAAGUUGUGAUCAAAAAAGCGUAUUUUCCGUAUUUUUUUUGACAGAAAUUAGAAAUAAAUCAAAAAAAAAAAAUUCGAAACAGAGCAAAACUAAUUGCAAUAAGAUCUAAGGACUACAAAGUUCAGCAGUUCAACCGAGUUGAGAAAAAGUUUAAUUUCGUUUGUCGAUGUGGUUUUUCAAUAAUUUUCUAUCUGAAUUUUUUUAGAUGACGUCGAAUAAAAAAAGCUUUAGUUGAAAGUAUUUUUCAGGUCCUGGAAGUGAACGGAAUCGAGGUGCAGGGAAAGACGCUCGACCAAGUCACCGACAUGAUGGUCGCAAAUGCUCAUAAUCUCAUUAUCACCGGUAAGAUUUCCUUUUUCAUAAUUUGCUUGAGAAAAAUGUUAUAGUUUUUUUUGUGAAACAGUUACAAAAAAAAACAAAAAGAACCCUGAAGAGUUUGUUUUUUUGAACCCUGACUAAAAAGAUUUUUUGGGACUUUUGAAAAAAGGAAAAUCUCUAUUUUGCUUUAAAGCUGAUUAACGGCUGACUUGAGCCAUCAAAAAAGGGUCCCGACACGAUAAAUAAAGAGACAGUGCUUGGUUGGUAGAGAGCGCAAACAGGCCGCACCCCUAGAGUCCUGAACUAGCUGUUAGUCGGUUGUAAUUCUGACCACGGAUCAUCCCCCGCAGAGUUUGAGGAGGGUAGGCCGCACCCCGGGGUGGGAUCCAGCCGACGUAUACCCCCCUCUUUUUUUCUGAUCACAUAAACGCUCUUAUUUUUACUACUUUUUAUCCCUUUUUCGACCAGGUUUUUUUGCUAUAAAUCUGUCUUUUUUUCUCUUAUGUUAUGUUUCGAUUCAUGAUUGGUGACCAAUUUUCCUUGCAGUGAAACCAGCGAAUCAACGGAACACGCUGUCAAGGGGGCCGAGCACGGCAACGAACGCUGGCCAGCCACCGACGAGCCGCAGCCACGCCAACCUGAACCUCGGCGGGACGGCCAACAGCAGCUACGACGGCGGAUAUCAUCCGCGUGCGGCGGCUGCGGCGGCCGCCCGCGGCGAUUCUGAUUCCGGAUCCGACGACGAGGUCAUCGACUACCACCACAAGUGA